GGGCAGCGGGCGGGGCCGCAGCGGGAAGCGGCCAUGGGGAAGGUGCUGGUGCUGGCUCUCGUCGGGAUCGCUGCAGCCUUGGCGGCGGAGCGGCUGCUGGCCCUUCGGAACAGACUCAAUGCUUCCCGGGAAAUAGCCCCAGUAACCCUCCCGAACUGCCGGCUCAUUAAGGGCAUCGAAACUGGUUCAGAAGACAUUGACAUACUUCCCAAUGGACUGGCUUUCAUCAGCUCCGGCUUGAAAUAUCCAGGAUUAAAGAGCCUUGCACCAGACAAGCCAGGUGAAAUCUUUUUGGUGGAUUUGAAUGAAGACAAUCCCAGAGCAGUGGAACUGAGAAUCAGCCGAGGGUUUGAUCUGGCAUCAUUUAACCCCCAUGGAAUCAGCACCUACAUAGACAAAGAUGACACCGUGUACCUCUUUGUUGUAAAUCAUCCCCAUCAGAAGAGUACAGUAGAAUUGUUUAAAUUUGUAGAAGAUGACAAUUCUCUUGUACACCUGAAAACCAUCCGACAUGAACUUCUGAGCAGUGUGAAUAAUAUAGUGGCUGUGGGACCAGACAGCUUCUAUGCUACCAAUGACCACUACUUCUUUGACUUCAUCUUGAUGUUCUUGGAGAUGUUCUUGGGCUUAAAUUGGUCGAAUGUUGUUUACUACAGUCCGAAAGAAGUUAAAGAAGUAGCAGCUGGGUUUUAUUCAGCCAAUGGAAUUAACAUUUCACCCGACAGAAAGUACAUCUAUGUUGCAGAUGUAUUUGAUCAUAAUGUCCAUGUUAUGGAAAAACAUGCUAAUUGGAACUUAACUCAUGUGAAGACGCUACAGCUGGACACUCUGGUUGACAACUUGUUUAUUGACAGUCACACUGGAGAUGUCUGGAUAGGAUGUCAUCCUAAUGGGAUGAAGCUGUUCUACUAUGAUCCUAAAAAUCUGCCUGGCUCUGAGGUCCUGCGGAUCCAGAACCUCCUCUUGGAGGAGCCUGUGGUGACCCGUGUGUAUGCGGAGAACGGGUCGGUGCUGCAGGGCAGCUCGGUGGCCGCCGUGCACCGGGGGAAGCUGCUCAUCGGAACAGUCUUCCACAGGGCUCUCUACUGUGAGCUGUAGCUCCUCUUCUGGAUCUUCCACAGAGGGAAAGAGCUUUCAUCACAGAGCUUUCCCAGGGACUGUGCUAAGGGUUCUCCUUAUGAACAUUCCUGUUGGCUUUCCCUAGUGUUUCCAAAAUAACUGGAAGGAGAACAAAUGUUCUUUCAGUCUCCUUUCUUCCCCCUUUAAGUCAUUUCCUAACAUUGUUUCAGUUUCAUAAAUUAGUUUUAAUCCUACUAAGGAGAGAGGGAGGCUUCAGUUUGGAGUGGUUUCUUAAUGAAUCUUCCAAAGGGAGUUUCAAAAGCCUUUUUUUUCUUAUAGAGUGGGAGACAAUCCCUGAGCACCUUAACUGAAAAGUUCAUUGACAAUUACUGUUGUCUGCUGCAGCAAAGGGAGCAUUUCUGGGCCUUUUGCCACACUGGGGACCUCUGAGUGUGGCUCACACGUUUUGUGUUUAACUUCUAGCCUGUACGGGGCCGAUUCCUGCUGUGGUGCUGCACAGCAGCUGCACUUCACCUUUGUCCAGCAGCAGUUACUGCUGAAAGACCUGUCCGGGUUUCUGUUGGUGGAUAUUUUUAGUGUGGUGUUCAUAGAGUCAUAGAAUGCCAGGUGGGAAGGGACCUCAAGGAUCACCUGGUCUAACCUCUCUAGGUAGGAACACAGUUUAGAUGAGAGGGGCCCAGCACCUUGCCAGGCUGAGUCUUUACAGUGUUUGGUGUUGGAGAAUCCGCCAUUUCCCUGGGGAGAUUAUUCCUAUGUCUGACUGUUCUCACGGUGCAAAAUAUUCUUCUGAUAUCCAGUUGGAAGUAACUUGCACCUAUUACCCACCAUCUUGUCCAUGGCACUCCUUGUAACAAAGGGUGUCUCCAUCUUCUUGGUAGCCACCUUCUUUUCCCAAGGCUGAAUAAAACCAGUUUUCUCAGCCUUUCCUCGUAUGGCGGGCUCCCCUGUGGAGAUUUUGGUGACAGGGACCCACCUGUUCAGAUCAUGGUUUCAAGUCUUUGCAAACCACAGCGUGCAGACACCCUUCCACAGAGCAGAGCGGGCCCUGAACAAGGGGACUUGCCUUUGGCAUCAACUGACUGCACCAAGCACUCGAGAACAUAAUUGGCCUUAAUCUGGUUUAGCUUCUCCUUUCUUAGCAACUCCUCUCCCUGCAGGACAUUUUCAACUUCCCUGGGAAGCUGCGUGCUUUCCUACAGGAACCUGUAAUCCAUUUUCAGCCUUGAGGAACAGAUGUUGUUCCCAGAGCCCAGGCAGAAAAAAACUGCUCUGAAGGAAGUGCUCACAAUAAAAAGUUUGGCUAUUAAUUUGUUCAUGAGUAGCCAUCAACAUCCUGCACUAAUAUUUUAAAAUCAUUAUUUUAGCCUUGCACCACUAUUUUUUCUCAAGUAAAUUAAGUGCCUUCUAAAGACUUGAGGUUUUGCAGCAGUGGCAUUAACACAGGUGAAACGCCAACUGGUCACUACUGGGCUGGGAUAUACUCUGUGGUUGUAGAAGUGUAACAGCCAGCAUUUCCCUCAGCACUGGUAGAGGUAACCCUACCUAUCAAAACAUUAAUUUCAUAUUUUCCAGUAGUUUGGAAAUACCUUCAGAUGAUCAAACCUACAUGUUGUUGGAUCUUUUCAAACUUACAUUUUUUUGCUGGUUUUGGCCUUUCAGAAAAUAAAGAAUGAGUUCACUGGC